CCCCCCCCCCCCCCGAGUCACCUUGGGGCGCCGCCGGUGCCGGACCCCGCGCGCCCCCCACGCCCCCGGUACCAGGGCCCGGCCGCGAUGGCGGCGGCGCCGGCGGCUGAGAGGCCCAAGACCUCCCCGAAGUCCGUGAAGUUUCUCUUCGGCGGCCUGGCCGGGAUGGGGGCCACAGUCUUCGUGCAGCCCCUGGACUUGGUGAAGAACCGGAUGCAGUUGAGCGGGGCCGGGGCCAAGGGCCGUGAGUACCGGACGUCCCUGCACGCCCUGGGGUCCAUCCUACGCCACGAGGGACUGAGGGGCAUCUACACGGGGCUCUCGGCGGGGCUUCUUCGCCAAGCUACCUACACCACCACGCGCCUGGGCAUCUACAGCGUCCUCCUGGAGCGUUUUGGGGGGGCUGAUGGGACCCCCCCUCCGUUCCUGGCCAAGGCAGCCAUGGGCAUGACAGCAGGAGCCGCGGGGGCCUUCGUGGGGACCCCAGCUGAGGUGGCCCUCAUCCGCAUGACAGCUGACGGCAGGCUGCCCCCUGGUGAGCGCCGCGGGUAUCGCAAUGUGUUCGACGCCCUUGUGAGGAUGGCAAGGGAGGAGGGGGUGCUCACGCUGUGGAGGGGCUGUAUUCCCACCAUGGCCCGUGCUGUGGUGGUCAACGCUGCCCAGCUUGCCUCCUACUCCCAGUCCAAACAAUUCCUGCUUGACUCUGGGCAUUUCCGCGAUGACAUCCUGUGCCACUUCUGCGCCAGCAUGAUCAGCGGGCUGGUGACCACGGCCGCCUCCAUGCCCGUCGACAUCGUCAAGACCCGGAUCCAGAACAUGCGGACAAUAGAUGGGAAACCCGAGUACCGCAACGGGCUGGAUGUGCUGCUGAAGGUGGUGCGGUAUGAAGGCUUCUUCAGCCUCUGGAAGGGCUUCACCCCCUACUACGCCCGCCUGGGCCCCCACACCGUGCUCACCUUCAUCUUUCUCGAGCAGAUGAACAAGUGGUACCAGCGGCUCUUCCUCAGCGCCUAACACCCCCCUCCCCCCAGUGGGUGGGGGGGUUGGGGGGAAUCCAACCCGAUCCUGUGGGUUCUGUAGGGGCACCCGACCCCCCACGAAGGGGCUUUGGGGGGGGUCUGACCUCUCCCUUAGGUGCUCUGGGGAGGUGGCUCUAUAGGAGUGCCUGGCCCCCGUCAAGGCUAUGAAGUGGCCCUGGGGCCCUGUGGAGGGGUCUUGUGCCCUGUAAGGGUGCAUGACCCACUCCUUGGGGCUAUAGGGAUCCCUGGGGCUCUAUGAAGGGGCCCUGGGCUUGACAGGGGUGCUGGAUCCCUCCCACGGGGACAACAGGGGAUGCCUUGUCCCUAUGGGGCAGCCCUAUAGACAGUGUAGGGCACCCUCCCCCUGUGCUCCCCUCCCGCCCCUCUGGGGGUUUUGUUACCAGCCAAUAUCAAGUUCAAAAUGUGGGGCAGGAGCCCCCCCAGAUUCCGCCUCCUUCUCUUCCCCCAGCACCCUCGACCUUGUGCUUUGUUAAUGAAUCAUGGAUCGUGAUCAUAUAAUUAAAGCAAGACCUACAGACA